AUGUACCGACAAGUUUUAGUUGCACCUGAGGAUAGAGACCUCCAACGAAUUCUUUAUCGAAAAAGUCCUACUGAUCAACUACAAGAAUACAGGCUGUGCACUGUAACAUAUGGAACAAAAUCAGCCUCGUAUUUGGCCACUCGUUGUUUAUCUGAGAUUGGAAAAUGCACAGACAAUCCUAAAUUAAAUCGAGUAAUCACUCAGGAUUUUUAUGUUGAUGACCUCCUGAGUGGUGGGGCAUCUGAAGAUGAAUGCUAUCAAAUUUACAGUUCACUAUUAAAACAUUUUAGUCCAGCUGGUUUUCCACUUCGCAAAUGGUGUUCCAACUCGGUCAAUCUUAUUAACCAAAUACCAUCAGCAUGUAAUGACCCAACGUUUGUAUUAAAACUCAGUGAGAAUGACACGGUUACAGCCUUAGGACUCACGUGGCAACCUAUCACUGAUCAAUUUUGUUUUACGUUCAAGCAUUGGUCACCGCCGUUAAACAUGACCAAGCGUACACUAUUAUCAGACAUCAACUCAGUUUAUGAUCCUAUUGGACUCAUAUCCCCGGUUCUCAUUCUUGGAAAAAUUUUCAUUCAACAAUUAUGGGGAAUGAAGAUGAGCUGGGACGACAUUAUCCCAUCUGAAUUGCAAGCUCGAUGGAUAAAAUUCUACAACUCUCUUCAGUCCUUGCAUGAAUUGGCUAUACCACGUAAGGUUAUCAACACUGCAGAUUCAAAGGUUACCAUUCAUGGCUUUUGCGAUGCAUCGCAAGAGGCAUUUGGUGCAUGCAUUUACUUACGUUCUGCCAGUCCAAAUGGUCAAGUGCAAGUACAUCUCCUGGCAUCCAAAUCUCGUGUUGCCCCAAUGAAAGCUACAACCAUCCCUAGACUCGAACUAUGUGGUGCAGUAUUGCUGUCUGAACUGUUGUUAGAGGUAAAAAAUGAACUCAGUUGUUUAGGCAUGCAAUUCAGUGUAAACGAAAUUUUACUAUGGACUGAUUCAUCAAUUGUUUUGGCUUGGCUAAAAAAUGAAGUCCCUUUGCUAUCAUACGUAGCAAACAGAGUUGCUCGAAUAUUAGACAUUACAGUAAAUGCUCAAUGGCGCCAUGUUAUUUCUAAGGAAAAUCCUGCCGAUCAAAUAACAAGAGGUAUACAUCCUGCUGCGCUGCCUUCAUUGUCAAUUUGGUGGAACGGACCAUCCUGGUUACUUUUGAAAAGUGAUUCAUGGCCAGGCAUCCCAGAGCUACCAUCAGAAAUCCCUGAAGUUCGUCCAGUAAAGUUGGUGCUGGCUACAACUCAUUCGUCCGAUUCCUGGCUGCUAAACAAAUAUUCAAGUUACAUGCAACUUAUACGUAUAACUGCCUUAGUCCAACGAUUCGUACACAAUUGUACAAUACAGAGAAAACUCAUAGAUCAACGUACGACAGGUGCAUUGACUGUACAAGACCUCAAAGCUUCCAGGGAAUUUUGGAUUCGCAAGAUUCAGGCUGAAGCUUAUCCCUCGGAACUAAAGGCUUUAAAUUCAAAUUUACCCAUUCAUCGGUCAAGCUGCCUGUUAAAGCUAAAUCCAUUUGUUGACGGUACUGGUAUUUUGCGUGUUGGAGGUCGCUUAGCGUAUGCACCAAUACAUGACAAUACAAAGUUUCCAGUUGUAUUGCCACCCUCAUCAACUUUCACAAGAUUAUUUUUCAAAUAUGAGCACCUGAGGCUACUGCAUGUUGGUCCACAAGCAUUACUCUCACACAUACAAGUAAAUUACUGGCCCAUCCGUGGACGAAGUCUUGCCAGUCGAACCGUGCAUCAAUGCAUUCAAUGUUUCCGAACCAAUCCAAAAUUAAUAACACCUUUCAUGGCUCCGCUACCUCGGCAACGUACCACUAUUGAAAGGCCGUUUUCUCAAUGUGGAGUAGAUUUCUGCGGGCCAAUAAUGAUUCGAAGUGGUAUCCGUCGUGUAAAGACUGAAAAGGCAUAUAUAUCUGUAUUUGUGUGCUUAGUCACACGCGCUAUUCAUUUGGAAUUAGUCUCAUCUUUAACUGCCGAUGCGUUUCUAGCCACACUAACUAGAUUCAUGUCUCGCCGAGGACAAUGCAGUAACCUUUUCAGCGACAAUGGCACAAAUUUUGUUGGUGCGAAUCGCAAACUCAUGUCACAGUUUGAGGAAAUUUCCAAGACUCAUACAACAUUAUCAUAUCUUUCUGAAAAAUCUAUGCAAUGGCACUUUAUUCCACCCUCAGCACCUCACUUUGGAGGUCUGUGGGAAGCUGCGGUUAAGUCUUCCAAACAACUCCUGACAAAAAUAUCAUCAAAUGCAACAUUUACAUUUGAAGAAGCUACAACGUUGCUGUGUGGAAUAGAAGGAGUUUUAAAUUCUAGACCCAUGACUCCGUUAUCCAAUGACCCAUCAGACUAUCAAGCUCUAACACCGGCUCAUUUUCUCAUUGGUGGGGUUAUCACAUUGCCACCUGAAGCAGAUUCAUCCACCACCCCGAUGUCUAGACUUAAACGUUUUGCAUUGGUACAGUCUUGCAUUCAACAGUUUUGGAAGAGAUGGUCCCGGGAGUACCUUCCUCAAUUGCAACGCCGAGGUCGCUGGAUAAAAGCAACUCGAAACAUAAGAGUGGGUGACCUAUGUCUUCUCCGACAAGAAAAUCUUCCUCCUACCAGAUGGGCUCUGGUCAGGGUUCAAGAUGUUCAUCCUGGUCCUGAUGGCACUGUUCGAGUGGUCACUUUACGCAAUUCCUCUGGCAACAUUUUCAAACGCCCAGUGGUGAAACUUUCCUUGCUACCAAGUGAAGAAGAUGAGAGAGAAGAACAACCUUAG